AAUUAACCGUCACGAGCUACAUGCUCUGUAUCUUCAGAUUUCCUAAAUACUUACAAUUCCCAUUCCAAUUCUGAUUUGGUUAAUCCAAAACAAAAAAAAAGGAAACUUUCUUUUACCCUAAAUCUAUAAAAACGAAACCCUUCUUCACAAAUCUUUGUUCUUCGUAAUCUCUCUUAAAAGCUUUUGUUUCAAUUUCAAUGGAGUGGGUUCGAGGAGAAACAAUUGGGUUCGGAACCUUCUCUACUGUCAGUACAGCGACAAAGUCUAGAAACUCCGGCGACUUUCCUGCACUUAUCGCUGUGAAGUCGACGGAUGCUUAUGGCGCCGCUUCACUCUCCAACGAGAAAUCGGUGUUGGAUUCACUCGGUGAUUGUCCUGAGAUCAUACGGUGUUACGGCGAGGAUUCAACGGUGGAGAACGGAGAAGAGAUGCAUAACUUGUUAUUAGAGUACGCUUCGAGAGGAAGCUUAGCGAGUUACAUGAAGAAACUUGGCGGUGAGGGUUUACCGGAGUCCACCGUGCGUCGCCACACAGGAUCAGUGCUUCGAGGGUUACGUCACAUCCACGCUAAAGGGUUUGCACACUGCGAUAUAAAACUCGCGAAUAUUCUGUUAUUUAACGACGGCUCUGUUAAAAUUGCCGAUUUCGGUUUGGCGAUGAGAGUUGACGGAGAUUUAACGGCGUUAAGAAAAAGUGUGGAGAUUAGAGGGACGCCGUUAUACAUGGCACCGGAAUGUGUUAAUGAUAACGAGUAUGGAUCAGCGGCUGACGUGUGGGCUUUAGGAUGUGCUGUAGUUGAGAUGUUUAGUGGCAAAACGGCAUGGAGUGUUAAAGAAGGAUCACACUUCAUGUCGCUUUUGAUACGUAUAGGUGUUGGUGAUGAGUUACCGAAGAUUCCAGAGAUGUUGUCCGAAGAAGGCAAGGAUUUUUUGUCGAAGUGUUUUGUUAAAGAUCCAGCGAAAAGAUGGACGGCUGAGAUGCUUUUGAACCAUUCGUUUGUAACCAUUGAUCUUGAAGAUGAUCACCGAGAAAACUUCGUUGUGAAGGUUAAGGAUGAGGAUAAAGUAUUGAUGUCUCCAAAGUGUCCUUUUGAGUUUGAUGAUUGGGAUUCUUUUACAUUGGAUUCAAACCCCUCGUUUGAUUCUCCGGUGGAGAGACUUGGGAGUUUGGUUAGUGGUUCGAUCCCUGAUUGGUCUGUCGGUGGGAGUUGGCUUACAGUCCGGUGAUGAAAGUUAUAUGAAAACAGAGGAAAAACAGUGUGUUUGGAAGGCUAGGGCUUUUUUUUAGCACCUAGUUAGACCCAUUCUACGAUUCUUGUUCGUAUUCUUUAGGUGUAAUUGAUUUGUUAAUACAAUUCAUUCUAGUGUUCCUUGACUUGCUUUUGUUGUGUUAUUAAAUUUUGAGGAUUUAGUAGCUCGUUAAUACAAGAGAUAUGAUCAUAAUCAAU